AGCAGGCAUAUAAUAUAUUGUCCUUUGUUCACCACUGGGAAACGGGUGAUCCUUGAAGCAAGUUUUAAACGAAUUAUUCAUUGCUACAAGUUGAUGCUGACAAGUAUGAUGUGGAGAAGUACAGCUAGCAAAGUUAUGGUGAGAAACAAGAUUAUGUCACAAGGUGUCCAGCACCUAGAGACAACCCCCUCACUUUUGAAACCUUGUUGGACCAAGGACACAAAGAAUACUUUAGAGCCCUCAAAAGAUAACAGACAGGAGUCCGAGGCACCAAGGAUCGCCGGGCGAGGAAGGAGGCGGCUUCCCGAGGGUCGGCGGGCGAUGCCGGCGGGCGGCCGCAGCCGGGGCGGGGGACCCGGUGCCGCCGGGGUCACAACUUUGCCGGGGCUGGCGUUGCCUCGAUGGGCUCCGCGGGCAGCGGCGCCCCCGCCCGCCCCCCGCUCCCCCCGCCGCCGCCGCCUGGAAAAAUGCAGUGUGCCAUUUUACACCCGCCGCUGGAGCACACAGGACCAAAGUCUAGCGCUGGUUUUCGGUGACACUGCAAAACUACGGCUCGCCCCGCGCAACCCCACGCCUCAUCCUCCCCUCGGAGAGAGCAGCUGCCUCUUGAGAAUUAAUAAAGAAAGACAGUUGGACAAAAUAAUUCCAAGACUUCGCCGUUUUCCCUCCGUCCCUCCCCCCGCCCCCGCCCCCACUCCGAACCCCGCAGCAAGUUUGUGCCGCCCGGCGCAUCCUCGGCCUCCCCCCGCGGCACCCCCGCACCCCCGCCCCGCCGGGCUCCGGCAGCCUCGCUGCAUCCGAAAGAGCCAGUCAUGCCUGAAACAAAAUCCAUGA